AAAUGUAUCUAGAUACAUAAUUGCCACAUUCAGUCGUCGUUAAAUAGUUGCACGGCGCAGUUCAUACACAAGAGCAGCAGCAGCAGCAGCAGCAGCAGCAACAGCAGCAGCAACAGCACCAAGCAAGCACCAAGCAGCAACAUUAGCAACAAUCAUCGUUGUUGUCGUCGUCGUCGUAGUCGCCGUCGUUUCAGUCGUCGUCGUUUUCGUGCUUUAUAGCGCUCGCACUCACAAGUCGCUCAGAAUCGCUGCCGUCGUGGUCGUGGUCGGUAUCGGUAUCGGAUUCGUACUCGGAAAUCCAGUUUACCCUCCUCUAGAGAGUUUUCGUCUGUUUUUGGCGUUUAAUUUUUGCCGGCAAUUUAAUUAGGGAAAGUGGAUUAAUUUGCAACUCGUUAGACUAAUUAAGGAUUAUAAUCAGCAGCAGCAGCAGCACACAAACCAACGAGCCAUGUAAAACGUCAGCGAAAAGGAUAACAAAAAAGUGAAAAACAAAAGAAAAACCAAAAGGAAAUUAAAACUGAAUAAAAAGCACAGUGCGCCCACACAUACCCGCGCGGCAAUAAGGUGACCUUUGAAAGCCAACUAUAAAUAGAUCGGCCAUAAAAGUCGUUUACCACGAAACUACAACGAGAGUAAAAGCAGUGAGAAACGUUUAAUUGGAUUUUGGAUACCACACCACCAAGAGAAACAUCAACCAUCCGCCCGAGUGGCCCCCUCACAGGCAGCGUGGCCUAAAUGAUGCCCGAAACUGAACGCGAUUCGGAGUUGGUGGCAGCGGAAAUGGUUAGCGGUGCUUUGGGGCACAAUUACGGCAUUGUUAAGGAUCAACAACAGCAGCAUCAUCACCAUCAUCAUAAUAGUCAUCAUCAUAUGCAGCACCAGUCCAUCCAGCAUCAACAACAGCACUCCACAACCUACGAUCUAAACAAGAUGGCCACCAGCUAUGUUUAUAGUAAUCCCCUGACCAUUCCGCCAACAUCCACGGCUAUGGUCAGUCCCAGCAGCAAGGAGAAGCUGGUCAACCUGUUGCGCGUGCGCGACAACAACAAUUGCCAGUCGAAUGCGAGCGGCGGCAGUCCAAUGAUUCCCGAUAGUCCGCCAACCACGUUCCUGCAGAAGCAACUAGAGGCGGUGGCUCCCAGGCCCAGCUCAGUGCAUCCCCAGCAGCAGCAGCAACAACACACCCAACAUCAGCAGCCGCAACAGCGACGCUCUGCCAGUACACCUGCAAGUGCAACUAUCACACCUGGAGCCGCCACUAACUGGCAUGCCCAUGUCUACGCCCGCCCACCAAAUCGCCCCACACCGCACUCUAUUGCCGAUAUCCUCGGCAUGCCUCUGAUCAAAUGGGAUACGCCCGAGGGCGCCUUUGAUCCCUCCGGUCCGGCCAAGUCACCGAGUAGCAUCCUGCAGCAGUAUCAACAGCAGGAUCACCAACAGCCCAUUAGGAGUGUCUCCAUCUCGAUGAGCGAUGCCAGCGAAGAGGAGAGUGCCUCCUCGAAUGCAACUGCAGCAGCAGCAUCAGCAUCGACUGCUGUGGCUGCCACUACAGCAGCAGCAACUGUUGCAGUCGCAGCAACAGCAGCAGCAUCAACUCCGCUCGAUCAGCCGUUGAAUCUGUGUGUGGUCAAAAAGUCGCGCGACAGCAACAACUCACCCAUGGCGACUAGCAAGCAGAGCCAAAUUCUAGGAAAGUCUGCCAGUAAGAAGGAAAACUCAGGCAAGCCGGCGGCCAAGAAAAAGAAGUUAACACCGGCCACAAACGCAACGGUGGCUCUACCGCCGGACAUCAGUCCCACGGGCAGCAGCGACAGUCUGAUACGGGACAAGCUGGCGGCCAAUAGUUCACCGGGAGCCAGUACCAAUCCCGCUCAGCAGCUGCAGCAGAGUAAUGCAAACAGUGCCCUGGAGACAACCGAAGAUGACUCAGAUUCGGGAUCCACCGAUGCCAGGCGGAAGAAGAAGGCCCGCACAACCUUUACCGGACGCCAGAUCUUUGAGCUGGAGAAAAUGUUCGAGGUGAAGAAGUAUCUCAGCUCCAGUGAGCGCACCGAAAUGGCCAAACUGCUGAUGGUCACCGAAACGCAGGUCAAGAUUUGGUUCCAAAACCGUCGUACCAAGUGGAAAAAGCAGGAUAAUGUCACCAAUAACGAGGCGGCGGAGCACAAGUCCUCAAAUUCCAAUAAGCCAGGCUCAACAGGGACAACAACAACAGGAGGCAGCGAGCCAGCCGAGAAGAGAAGCGCCGGCAACAACAACACAAACACAAGCUCAGCGGGCGGUUCGCCGACAGUUGGCAGCGCUGCUGCCACACCGAGUGCUAUGGAGACCAAAAAGUCUCCAAAGUCUCCAAACCGCGGCAGCAGCAAUAAUAACAACAACAAUACGCUAAAUAACAACGUUAAUAGCAAGCAGAGUACAACAAAGAUUAAGAAACAAUUGAAUGCGUUGCUGGAGAAGACCGUCAAGGCGGCGGCAGCUAGUCAGGUGAAGACAGAGAUGGAAACGCCGGCAGCAUCUGCUGAUCAUCAUCACCAGAAGUCGUCCUCCGCCGGCGAAAAGCGUAAUAAUAGUAACAACAAUGAGAGUCAAUUGCAAAACCAGCUGCUGCACCAGCGCCUGCACCAGCAUGCGAUUCCCCUGACCGUGGAACCGGCAGCGCCCUUGGAGCAGACCGAAAAGCUGGACAUCAAGCUGGAGGAGUCGCCGCAGCACAGGGAACUGCAGUUGAGUCUACAACGGGCGGCCAUUCAAAAUGGCCAGCUAACGGAAAUGGAUUUCGAGAGCAAGCUGGCGGCCAGCAAGAUUUCCAUUGCUCUGUCAAUGUUGCAGCCGCCAAUCCCCGAGGGGCAGGACAAGAAGCCCAACAACAAGAACAACAACAAGCCGGACAGCGAGUCCUCGGGGGAGGAGGAGGACGAGGACGAGGAGGAGGAUACGGCGAGCGAGCAUGGCGAUUCUACGGAACCGCACGACGACUCGCAGGAUCCGGAUGCCACAAUGCGGGAAAUCUAGAGAAAUAAGCCCAGAGAGACAGUCAAAUUACCAUAACUUGUGCCAAAAAACGUCGAAUAUUGCUCACAUUUCCCCCAAAAAUAUUGAAAAAUCCCUAAAUAUAAAAAAGAAAAUCAUAAAAAACAAAUAAAGAAAACUAAGUGAAAACCCAUUACUGUAAACCUAAUUGUAAUUUAAUUGUCGCGUAAUCCGUUCACCCUUAGGCUUGUAUUUAAUUUAUUUAAAAUAUAUAUUUAACGCUAAGAGUCCUAGGCUUUUGUAAAUGUCGCAUUUAAAUGAGAGAGCUGCAAACUAUAUAUGAAAAAAGAAAACAACAAAAAUUAUAUAUAUCUGUAAUCUGAACUUUCGAGAAUUUCAUGUGAUAAUGUAUACGAGGCGAUUACAAAAUUGAUUUUACUAAUUGAACUAUAAAAACUACAUGGUAUAUGUAAGCUGUGCUACCCUGUAAAUGGCAAUUGAAUGAAACAUAUUUAUUGAGUGUUUGUACAAAAUUAAGUAAGGCAACAAAUAGGAAUGACAUAGCCCCGGAAAUUGUGCUACUAUAAUUUAAUUUAAAGGAUUUUGCAAAUAAUUAAAAUUACAUUUUUAAAAAGCAAACAUUAGUUUGCUUAAAA